GAGAGAGAGAGAGGAAGGAAAGGCCACGGACAUGUAACAUUGAAGAAAUCAUGAAUCAGUUAGGCCCUAUUGCAGAAAACAAGGAUGCAGAAAGGAAUAGAAUAGAAAUGGGGUUAUGUGAAAAAGAAGAAGAAGGAUAGACAGAUAUGCAUGAUGAUGCAGGGACUCCAUCACCAGCAACAACAGUUAGCAGCCCUCAUCGCCGUUGCUCUUCCCAAAGACGACGCCGCUUCCUCUUCCUCCUCUUCUCCUUCCCCAUCCGAAGACAACGUCUCCUCUCGCCUUGCCGCCAUUAACUCACUCCACCGUGGCAUUCUCUACCCUCCCAACUCUGUCCUCGUCACUCACUCUGCUUCUUUCCUUUCCCAGGGCUUCUCUCAGCUCCUCUCCGACAAAUCCUACUCGGUGCGGCAGGCAGCAGCCACAGCAUAUGGGGCUUUGUGUUCUGUGAUGUGCUCAAUCUCUUUAGCAUCAAAUGGAAGGCAAAAUCAUGUUCUACUUAGUAGUUUAGUUGAUCGGUUCAUUAGUUGGGCAUUGCCAUUGCUUAGCAAUGGGAAUGCUGGAGAUGGCACGACAGAGCUGGCACUGGAAGGCCUCCGUGAGUUUCUUAACAUUGGGGAUGUGGGGGGGAUCGAAAGAUAUGCCUUGCCAAUACUCAAAGCAUGCCAAGAACUUCUUGAGGAUGAGAGAACCUCCUUGAAUUUAUUGCACCAGCUUCUGGGUGUGUUAACUUUGAUCUCAUUGAAGUUUGUUAGAUGCUUUCAACCCCAUUUUGUUGACAUCGUAGAUUUGCUUCUUGGGUGGGCUUUGGUUCCAGACCUUGCUGACACAGAUAGAUGUGUCAUUAUGGACAGUUUUUUGCAGUUUCAGAAACACUGGGUGGGCAAUCUGCAGUUCUCACUGGGAUUGCUGUCCAAAUUCUUGGGUGACAUGGAUGUCUUGCUUCAGGAUGGGAGUCCUGGAACCCCAAAACAGUUUCGUAGGCUGCUUGCGCUGCUUUCUUGUUUUUCUACUGUUUUGCAGUCCACUGCUUCUGGAAUGCUAGAAAUGAACCUACUGGAACAAAUAAGUGAACCCCUUACCACCAUGCUUCCUCAGUUGCUGUGGUGUUUAUCAAUGGUGGGAAGGAAAUUUGGAUGGUCAAAAUGGAUUGGUGAUUCAUGGAAAUGCUUGACUCUCUUGGCAGAAAUUCUAUGUGAAAGGUUUUCCACCUUUUAUCCAAUGGCAGUUGAUACCUUGUUUCAAAGCUUGGAAUUGGACAACAUUACUCACCUUGUAGGAUCUGGGAAGAUCACCUCCUUUCAGGUUCAUGGGGUUUUAAAAACUAAUCUUCAAUUAUUGUCUCUACAAAAGCUUGGUCUGCUCCCAUCAUCCGUGCAGAAAAUAUUGCAAUUUGAUUUGCCUAUAUCCCAGAUGCGUUUGCAUCCAAAUCACUUAGUGACAGGAAGUUCUGCUGCCACUUACAUUUUCUUGCUUCAACAUGGGAAUAAUGAAGUUGUUGAAAAAGCAGUCACCUCUUUGACUGAAGAGCUGGAAUUGUUGAAGGGCAUGCUUGGAAAAAUGAUGGGGCAUGGAAAUGAGGUUCAUGGCAUUAAAUCUCCUAAUUUGUAUUCAAAACUUGAGUUGUUUGCGUUGAUUAAAUUUGAUUUGAAAGUUUUACUAAGUUGUGUUUCUUUGGGUGGGGUUAGCAGUUUGAUUGGCCAACCAGAGAUUGCUGCUUUGUAUCUUAAGAGGUCGGAAAAGCUGAUAUCUUUUAUUAUUGAGAAACUGAAUCCUUUCAAUGUACCCAUUCUGGGCUGUGCCGACUUGGAAGUAAAUGUUAUCAGGACAUUGGAUCAGUUAACCGCAGUCGAAUUCUCAAGCAAGUGCUCUCUACGGAAACAGAUUAGCAAGAAUGAUUCUGUUGAUAUUGCCACAGGAGAAGUUCUGGACAGAAAUGAUUUCAGGGAUGGUCAUUCAAUUUUAGUUAUUGAGCAUCUGAGGAAAUACAGUAUGCUUCUUGUGCAAGCUCUUCAUGUUUCUACUCCUCUUUCUGUUAAAGUAGUAGCCCUUGAAUGGAUCCAAAGAUUUUGUGAGGGUGUUAUUGCUACUUACGAGAAUUCAAAUAUGAAAACUCAUCUUUCUGAGGCAUUCGAGUACAUUGGUGUUUUUGGGAAGUUGGUUUUCUCAGUUUUGGAAGCUGCAUUGGACAGGGAACCAAAAGUGAGAUCUCAUGUUGCAUUAGUUUUGGGCCUGCUCUUGCAAGCAAGACUUAUUCAUCCCAUGCACUUCUAUCCCAUGACUGAAGUGGUCCUUGAAAAACUUGGCGAUCCAGAUGUUGAUAUAAAAAAUGCCUUUGUUAGGCUGCUUACCCAGGUCUUGCCUGUUACAAUGUAUAUUUGUGGUCUACUUGACUGCGGAACAGUUACUGCAUGUAGCCCUAGGUCCAUUGGGCUAGGCAGUAUAUCUAACUUGCACUGGAAGCAAAUUUUUGCCCUGAAGCAGCUACAUCAGCAACUUCACUCACAACAACUUGUUUCCAUUUUGAGUUUCAUUUCACAAAGAUGGAAAGUGCCCCUUUCUUCUUGGGUUCAACGGCUCAUUCAUAGCCGUCGGAUUUCAAAGGACUUUGUUGGUCAACAGGAAGAAACAGGAAAUUUUGGUGUUAAUGGUCUGUGGUUGGACAUAAAAGUGGAUGAAGAUACUCUUGAAAGAAUUUGCUCAGUAAAUAAUUUAGCAGGUGCAUGGUGGGCUAUACAUGAAGCGGCUAGAUAUUGCAUUGCUACACGCCUUAGGACCAACCUUGGUGGCCCCACCCAAACUUUUGCAGCAUUGGAGCGCAUGCUUUUGGACAUCUCACAUGUACUACGGCUUGAUACUGAGCAAAAUGAUGGAAACUUAAAUAUAAUUGGUUCAUCUGCUGCUCACUUCUUACCAAUGAGAUUAUUAUUGGAUUUUGUUGAGGCACUGAAAAAAAUUGUAUAUAAUGCUUAUGAAGGAUCUGCAUUUUUACCAUGUGCUCCUCGGCAGAGUUCCUUGUUCUUUCGGGCAAAUAAGAAAGUCUGCGAAGAAUGGUUUUCUCGCAUAUGUGAGCCAAUGAUGAAUGCUGGAUUAGCACUUCAAUGUCAUGAUGCUACAAUUCAUUACUGUACUUUGCGUUUGCAGGAGCUGAGGAAUCUUGUGCUUUCAACUACAAAGGAUAAGUCUCGGGCACAGGUAGCUGAAUUCCUCCAUAAUAUCAGGGGUAGAUUUUCUGGAGACAUCUUAAGAGUUCUACGCCACAUGGCUUUGGCUCUGUGUAAGAGUCAUGAAUCAGAGGCUUUGUUUGGCCUACAAAAAUGGGCUUCAAUGACAUUUUCUUCAUUGUUUGUUGAGGAAAACCAGAGUUUGAAUCAUAAUGAGAUCUUGGGACCUUUUUCAUGGAUCACAGGGCUUGUAUAUCAAGCAGAAGGCCAGUAUGAAAAAGCUGCCGCUCAUUUUACUCACUCACUGCAGACUGAGGAGUCACUCAAUUCUAUGGGGUCUGAUGGUGUGCAGUUUGCUAUUGCACGCUUUAUUGAGAGUUUUACGGCUGUGUCUGAUUGGAAGUCUCUUGAAUCCUGGCUGUUAGAGCUGCAAAAUCUUCGUGCUAAGCAUGCUGGAAAGAGUUAUUCUGGAGCCCUUACUACAGCUGGCAAUGAAAUAAAUGCAAUUCAUGCCUUGGCCUGCUUUGAUGAGGGUGAUUUUCAGGCAGCAUGGGCAUUCCUUGAUUUGACACCUAAAAGUAGCAGUGAACUCACACUUGAUCCCAAAUUGGCCUUGCAAAGGAGUGAGCAGAUGCUUUUGCAGGCAAUGCUGCUUCAAAAUGAGGGUAAGGUGGAUAAGGUCUCACAAGAAAUACAGAAGGCCAGGUCAAUGCUUGAGGAAACAUUGUCUGUUCUGCCACUUGAUGGGGUAGCAGAGGCAGCUGCACAUGCCACUCAGUUGCAUUGCAUCUUUGCAUUUGAAGAAGGUUAUAAGCAUAAAGACAGCCAAGACAACCCAAAACAGCUUCAGUCAAUUUUAAGUUCAUAUGUCCAAUCAGUGCAGUCUCCAAUUAAUAGAAUUCAUCAGGAUUGUAACCCAUGGUUAAAGAUUCUCCGGGUAUAUCGAACCAUUCUCCCAACUUCUCCAGUUACUCUACAGCUCUGUAUGAAUUUAUUCAGUUUAGCCCGUAAACAAGGAAACUUAUUGUUGGCAAACCGUCUACAUAAGUAUCUUAGAGAUCAUGUAUUUAGCUGUUCUGAAGGGAGGUACCGUGAUUUCUUAAUCUUGAAUAUGCAAUAUGAGGGCAUCCUGCUGAAGCAUGCUGAAAGCAACUUUGAAGAUGCUUUUACAAAUCUUUGGUCAUUUAUACGCCCUUGCAUGGUUAAUUUAAAAAGUACAGUUUCUGAUGUUGAUGAUUGCGUUCUGAAAGCCAAGGCAUGCUUGAAACUCUCAGAUUGGUUGAGACAGGAUUUUUCAGAUUUUAGUUUAGAAAACAUUGUUUUGAGGAUGCAAGCAGAUUUCAACGUAAGUGAUGCUUCUUCUCUUGGUGGAAGUAUGUGCUCCUGCAAUGAUGAGAACCUAAAAUCUAAGCCAAGGUUGAGCCUUGUUAUUGAGGAAAUGGUUGGGACAUUUACAAAAUUGUCUUCUCGUCUCUGCCCCACUAUGGGAAAAUCAUGGAUUUCUUAUGCCUCUUGGUGUUAUAAUCAAGCCAGAAAUUCCCUCUACAACUCAAAUGGAACUGUCCUUCAGUCCCUCUCUUUUUCUCAUGUUCUUUUUCCAGAAAUUCCACCUGAAAGAUUUCGAUUAACUGAAGAAGAGAUCUCAAGAGUGGAAUCUGUGAUUUCCAAGCUCCUUCAGGAAAAGAAUGAUGCAGAAAAUCCAAUUGAUGAUGGGGAAGAGUGGAAAUUUUGGCUUGAAUCUGCAGAACAUUUGAGGAAUGAGAACCCUAUGAAGGCUCUGGUGCAGCAAGUAGUAAAUAUAUUAGAAGCUGCAGCAGGAGCACCAGGAGUGGAAAAUUCUGGUGGUGAAUGCCUUUCUGCCAAACUAGCUUCUCAAUUGCAGAUAUCCUUGCUACGCGCAAAUGCUGGCCUGGAAGAAAGUGAUUUGUCAUCUACAGUUGAUGAUCUAGUUCAUGUUUGGUGGUCCUUGAGGAAGAGAAGAGUCUCUCUUUUUGGGCAUGCAGCUCAUGGAUUUAUACAAUACCUUUCAUACUCAUCUGUGAAACUUUGUGAUGGCCAGUUAGCUGGCUCUGAUUGUGAAUCUUUGAAACAGAAGACAGGAAGCUACACCUUGAGGGCAACCUUGUAUGUCCUACACAUCCUUCUGAACUAUGGAUUGGAGUUAAAAGAUACACUAGAACCGGCUCUUUCAACAGUUCCUUUGUUGCCAUGGCAGGAAAUAACGCCACAAUUGUUUGCUCGAUUAAGUUCUCAUCCUGAACAAGUUGUUAGGAAGCAAUUGGAGGGCUUACUAAUGAUGCUGGCAAAGCUAUCUCCUUGGUCCAUAGUGUACCCAACUCUAGUUGAUGUGAAUGCUUAUGAAGAAGAGCCUUCGGAGGAGCUUCAGCAUGUAGUGGGUUGUUUGAGUAAGCUUUACCCAAGACUAAUUCAGGAUGUUCAGCUCAUGAUCAAUGAACUAGAAAAUGUAACUGUUCUUUGGGAGGAGCUAUGGCUCAGCACACUUCAAGAUCUUCACUCAGAUGUGAUGAGGCGCAUAAAUUUGCUGAAAGAGGAAGCUGCACGAAUUGCAGAAAAUGUCACUCUUAGCCAGGGUGAGAAGAACAAAAUAAAUGCUGCAAAAUACUCUGCCAUGAUGGCUCCAGUUGUUGUGGCCUUGGAACGUCGUCUAGCUUCAACUUCUCGGAAACCUGAAACCCCUCAUGAGAUAUGGUUCCAUGAGGAGUACAGAGAACAACUCAAAUCAGCCAUCUUAACCUUUAAAACUCCUCCAGCAUCUAGUGCUGCACUUGGAGAUGUGUGGCGACCAUUUGAUAAUAUUGCUGCAUCCUUGUCAUCUUACCAAAGGAAGUCAUCAAUUUCCUUGGGAGAAGUUGCACCACAAUUGGCUCUGUUAUCAUCUUCUGAUGUUCCAAUGCCUGGUCUUGAGAGGCAAAUCAUAGCAUCUGAAUCUGAUCGAGGCCUCACUGCUACUCUCCAGGGAAUUGUCACAAUUGCUUCUUUCUCUGAGCAGGUGGCUAUCUUAUCCACCAAAACAAAGCCUAAAAAAAUUGUUAUACUGGGCUCAGAUGGUCACAAGUACACAUAUCUCUUGAAAGGGCGAGAAGAUCUGCGUCUUGAUGCCAGAAUCAUGCAGCUGCUGCAAGCGUUUAAUGGUUUUCUGCGUUCAUCUCCUGAAACUCGUAGUCAUGCUCUUGUCAUUCGCUACUAUUCCGUGACACCAAUUAGUGGUCGGGCUGGACUUAUCCAGUGGGUGGACAAUGUGAUAAGUAUUUAUAGUAUCUUUAAGUCUUGGCAGAAUCGUGCCCAGCUGGCACAUCUCUCUUCUUUAGGUGCUGGUAAUACAAAAAAUUCAGUUCCCCCACCUGUUCCCCGGCCAAGUGACAUGUUCUAUGGUAAAAUUAUACCAGCACUGAAAGAGAAAGGUAUAAGAAGAGUAAUUUCACGAAGAGACUGGCCUCAUGAAGUGAAGAGAAAGGUUCUUCUGGAUCUCAUGAAGGAGGCUCCUAGGCAGCUUCUUCAUCAAGAACUUUGGUGUGCUAGUGAAGGAUUCAAAGCUUUCAGCUUAAAAUUGAAGAGGUAUUCUGGAAGUGUAGCAGCCAUGAGUAUGGUUGGCCACAUUCUGGGCCUGGGUGAUAGACAUUUGGAUAACAUUCUUAUGGAUUUCUUUACUGGGGAUAUUGUACAUAUUGAUUACAAUGUGUGCUUCGAUAAGGGGCAAAGGUUAAAGAUUCCAGAGAUUGUUCCCUUCCGUCUUACCCAGAUGAUUGAAACAGCUUUAGGGCUGACUGGAAUUGAAGGCACCUUCAGAGCAAACUGUGAAGCAGUUGUUGGUGUUCUGCGGAAGAAUAAAGAUAUACUCUUAAUGUUAUUAGAGGUAUUUGUUUGGGAUCCACUUGUAGAAUGGACACGGGGAGAUUUUCAUGAUGAUGCAGCAAUUGGUGGUGAGGAAAGAAAGGGAAUGGAGUUGGCGGUUAGUUUAAGUUUAUUUGCAUCUCGGGUGCAAGAAAUCCGGGUUCCUUUACAGGAACAUCAUGAUCUUUUAUUGGCUACCUUACCAGCUGUUGAAUCUGCUCUUGAGAGGUUUUCAGACAUUCUAAACAAAUACGAGCUUGUUUCUGCUCUUUUUUAUCGUGCUGACCAAGAGAGAUCAAACCUUAUUCUGCAUGAGACAUCUGCAAAGUCAAUUGUUGCUGAGGCAACUUGUAAUUCAGAGAAAACUCGUGCAUCAUUUGAAAUACAGGCACGUGAGUUUGCUCAAGCAAAGGCUGUGGUAGCUGAGAUGGCUCAAGAAGCAACUACUUGGAUGGAGCAACAUGGAAGGAUUCUUGAGGCUUUACGAAGCAGUUUGAUACCAGAAAUCAAAGCAUGCAUAAACCUGAGUAGUAUGCAAGAUGCUUUAUCUCUUACAUCUGCUGUAUUAGUGGCAGGGGUUCCAUUGACCAUUGUUCCUGAGCCCACUCAAGCACAAUGCCAUGAUAUAGAUAGGGAAGUUUCUCAGCUCAUAGCUGAGUUGGAUCAUGGACUCUCUUGUUCUGUAACAGCCCUCCAAGCAUAUUCUUUGGCUUUGCAAAGAAUCCUACCAUUAAAUUACCUCACGACAAGCCCACUACAUGGCUGGGCACAGGUUCUGCAACUGUCUUCAAGUACCCUUUCUUCUGAUAUCCUCUCCAUUACUAUAAGACAGGCUGCUGAACUUGUUGCGAAGGUAAAUGGGGAUGAUUUUGAUUCUAUUAAAUGCGAUCAUGAUGACCUUUGUCUUAAGGUGGAGAAAUAUGCUGUAGAGAUAGAGAAAGUUGAAGAAGAGUGUGCUGAACUGGUAAACUCCAUUGGUUCAGAGACUGAAUCAAAAGCCAAGGAUCGCCUUCUAUCUGCCUUCAUGAAAUACAUGCAGUCUGCUGGUCUUGCAAGGAAGGAAGAUACCAUCUCUUCUGUGCAAUUAGGACAAUUUAAACAUGAUGGUACAAAGGAGGCCAGAUUUCAAGGAGCACUUGAAGAGAAGAAGGACAAGGUGUUAUAUAUUUUGAGUAUAGCUGUAAGCUCUCUGUAUGAUGAGGUUACGCAUAGGGUUCUGGGCAUUUUUAGUAAUUUGGCUGAAAGAAGCAGUGCAGAUAACUGGUUGCAGUCUGAUUUUGGAACUAUUUUCUGCAAAUUUGAAGAGCAAGUAGAGAAAUGCAUACUUGUAGCAGGAUUUGCUAAUGAAUUGCAGCAAGUAAUCAAUGGGGAUAUGCCUACUGUUCGUACAGAUAUAGAACAUUCAAGAUAUUAUUCAGAAAGGAACUGGGCUUCCAUUUUUAGAACAAGUUUACUUUCCUGUAAGGGCUUGGUGGGGAAAAUGACUGAAGAUAUUUUACCAGAUGUAAUUAAAUCCAUUGUUUCAUUUAACUCGGAAGUAAUGGAUGCAUUUGGAUCCCUCUCACAAAUCCGGGGGUCUAUUGAUAUGGCACUGGAACAGCUUGUUGAGGUUGAAAUCGAGAGAGCUUCUUUAGUAGAACUGGAGCAGAAUUACUUUCUCAAGGUUGGUGUCAUUACUGAGCAACAAUUGGCUCUUGAAGAGGCUGCUUUGAAGGGUAGGGAUCAUCUUUCUUGGGAAGAGGCAGAAGAGCUAGCUUCCCAAGAAGAAGCUUGUAGGGCACAGCUGGACCAACUCCAUCAAACAUGGAAUCAGAAGGACAAGAGGACUUCUUCUCUGAUUAAGAAGGAAGCUGUUAUUAAAAAUGCCUUGGUUUCUUCAAAACGCCUAUUUCAAUCUCUUAUUAUUGAUGGUGAGGAAAGGGAGCCUCAAGGUAGGGGUGGCAAAGGUCUAUUGGCAAAACUAGUUAAGCCCUUCUCUGAGUUAGAAUCAAUUGAUAAAGCGCUCUCUUCAUUUGGUGGUUCUGUUGCUUUCUACUCAAGGGCAAUUCCUAAUCCUGCAGAUUUGAUGAGUUCUGCAUAUCCAAUGUCUGAAUAUAUCUGGAAGUUUGACAGCUUGCUGAACAGCCAUACUUUCUUUGUUUGGGAAAUUGGUGUUAUGGAUUCUUUUCUUGAUUCAUGCAUACAUGAUGUAACUUCAUCUGUAGAUCAAAGUUUAGGAUUCGACCAGCUCUUCAAUGUUAUCAAAAAACUUGAAAUCCAACUUCAAGAACAUAUUGUUCAGUACCUUAAAGAGCGUGUAGCUCCUAUUCUAUUGGCUUUGUUAGAUAAAGAAAAGGAGCAUUUGAAGCAAUUGACAGAGGCAACAAAGGAACUUGCUUUUGAUCAAGGGAAAAAAGAUCUUGGGGCUCUGAAAAAGGUGCAACUCAUGCUUGAGGAAUACUGCAAUGCACAUGAAACUGCCAGUGCAGCAAGAUCAGCAGCUUCUCUUAUGAAAAGGCAGGUGAAUGAGCUUCGGGAGGCUGUUCUCAAGACUAGCCUAGAGAUUGUUCAAAUGGAGUGGAUGCACGAUGUUUCGUUGACCUCAUCACAUAAUAACAGGGUCAUAUGGCAGAAGUUUAUUGCAAAUGAUGAUAGCUUGUAUCCCAUUAUCCUGAACCUAAACAGACCCAAAUUAUUGGAAAGUAUGCAAUCUGCUGUAUCAAAAAUAGCUAGGUCAGUGGAAUUCCUGCAAGCCUGUGAAAGAACUUCCAUAACAGCAGAAGGACAGCUUGAGAGAGCCAUGGGAUGGGCCUGUGGUGGCCCAAAUUCAAGUGCAACUGGAAACACCUCAACUAAGAGUUCUGGAAUUCCUCCUGAAUUCAAUGAUCACCUUACGAGGCGAAGACAAUUAUUAUGGGAAGUUCGAGAAAAGGCAUCCGAUAUGAUCAAAAUUUGUGUAUCAGUAUUGGAGUUUGAAGCAUCAAGAGAUGGCAUCUUUCGGAUUCCUGGUGGUGAUGGCAGGACAUGGCAGCAAGCUUACUUCAAUGCACUAACAAGACUAGAUGUCACUUAUCAUUCAUUUACACGUACUGAGCAAGAAUGGAAACUUGCACAAAGCAGUGUGGAAGCUGCUUCAAAUGGCUUGUAUACUGCAACUAAUGAACUCUGCAUUGCUUCUGUUAAAGCAAAGUCGGCAUCAGCUGAUUUACAAAGCACUGUUCUUGCAAUGAGGGAUUGUGCCUAUGAAGCCAGUGUUGCUCUCUCUGCUUUUAGUCGUGUUACGAGGGGCCAUACUGCUUUGACUUCUGAAUGCGGUUCCAUGCUUGAAGAGGUUCUGGUAAUUACUGAAGGUCUCCAUGAUGUUCAUAGUUUAGGAAAGGAGGCUGCUGCAGUACACCAUUCUCUCAUGGAAGAUCUUUCAAAGGCAAAUAUGGUCCUUCUUCCACUUGAAUCAGUGUUGUCUAAGGAUGUAGCAGCUAUGACUGAUGCUAUGACUCGAGAAAGAGAGACCAAGUUGGAAAUAUCCCCCAUUCAUGGUCAAGCCAUUUACCAGUCCUAUUGUUUAAGGAUUAGAGAGGCUUGUCCGGCCUUUAAGCCCUUGGUACCAUCACUUACAUUCUCUGUGAAGGGACUCUAUUCCAUGUUAACCAGGCUGGCACGAACUGCAAGUCUACAUGCUGGGAAUCUUCAUAAAGCGCUUGAAGGACUAGGAGAAAGCCAAGAAGUUAGGUCCCAAGAAAUUAAUUUGUCAAGGACAAACCUUGCAAGUGAUGCCUCUCAAUCCGGUAACAAAGACAGAGAGAUCUUCUCCAGAUCUGAUGAGGGAAAUGCUGAGGAUUUGCUUGGUGUAGCUGGAUUGUCCUUGCAAGAUAAAGGCUGGAUAUCCCCACCAGAUAGUGUCUAUAGUAGCAGCUCAGAAUCUGUCAUCAUCUCAGAUGAAGCAAGUCUUCCAGAUAGCCACACUGCUCCAGCAGAAAUGAUGGCACGGCUCUCAUAUGGGUCUAAUAGCAGAGAGGGCACAGAUUACUUGAACUCUGUUUCAUCUUCUGGGACUGAUUUCCAAGAAAUCUCAUUGAAUUGUGGGCAGUCAGAGUCUAAGUACACGGAGUACGAUAACAGCGAUGCUAGUUCUGUCAAAUCUCCAACUAAUGAGCCAAGUGAACAUCUGAAAGCUGCGGCAUCACCAAAGAAUGAAUCCAUAACUGUCAUUGACACUUCCAAGUCUUUGAAUGAGGAAGACUUUGAGGGUAAAGAUGAAACAUCCUCAUCAAAUCAAGUUAAGAUUGAAGAUGAAAAUCGGGAGGCCCGACUUCCUAAUACAGAUGCUGGCAGCCGAAUAGCCCGAGGUAAAAAUGCCUAUGCAAUUUCAGUUCUAAGGCGAGUUGAGAUGAAACUAGAUGGCCGAGAUAUUGCUGACAACAGAGAAAUUAGUAUUGCAGAGCAAGUGGAUUAUUUACUUAAGCAAGCCACAAGUAUAGAUAAUCUCUGCAACAUGUAUGAAGGUUGGACGCCCUGGAUUUGAACUUAUGAGGCCUGCCAUUAUAGCUAAAAAUGCUGGUCUCUAGUAAUUUUGUAAAAGAGGGAGUCUCAGAUCUGCAAGGUCACACCAUUCACUUGUCGUACUGAAGAUCUAGCGACUUGAACCUCUCAUCCACCCAGGAAGUCGGCCAGUGCAUCUCUCAGCGAGCUUUAUUUCUUGACUUUACCAAUGUGGUAUCACCUGCUUCCAGCUCAUAAGAGACCACUUCUGGUGAGAAAUUUGCUAUGGCUGCUGAGAGAUUCUGUAUAAGGUGCCCUACCCAAGUAGCCUGAUGCAUGUUCUGUUGGGCCCAUGCCCUCCCUCAGGGAUCAGUGGUUUCUCAGGAAAAUGAUAUACUCCAAGCCUGUCCAA